AUGACUGCUUCCACGCGCCUCUUGCGCGCUGCCGUGGCCGCCGUGGCGCUGAUGUCUACAUGGGCCUUUGUGGCCCCUUCAUCACCGCGAGCCGCCCCCCCCGCACGUCGUGGAGUAGCCUCCGCCUCAACAGACAAUCUUGGCCGUCAGGGCCUACAGCUUAGCGCAUCCUUGGGCUGUGCAGCUGUGCUGGCUGCAGCAGUUCUGCGUCGUGCAUCAAUCACGGAGAAGGUGUCGUUUGACAACAUUGCGCGCGAGUGGCGCUGCAAGUGGUCGGCGGACAAUGACAAGGCAUCGCUGGAUGAAGCUCAGGGGGCCUUGGACUCCGUUCUCGCGGAUGUGAAGUCUGUGGACGGUGUCAAGUCAGUGCAGCGAGUGGUCUGCGGAGGUUGCUUAGACUUCAAGGUGGUUGUGAAGCUGCCGGCCGACAAGUUUGGUGACUGGGAGAAUGCAGGCUUUGCUCCGGAGGAGGCUUUCCUGGACAAGUUGAAGGCCAUCGACGGCAUCUCCACCGUGGAGACGCAGACCUACACCUUGGAAGAGGUCUAA